AUGGCAAUCUCUCUCUCAUCAGAUACCAAGGAGAACAUCAAUUCACUGCAGGAACCUCAAGAUCAGGCUAUCAGUACCAGGAAGAUUCCAUGGAAUGCAAAGUGGCUUUCAGGAGAUGAUGCAACACUCCUUGACUCUCUCAAGACCUUUGCUGAUGGAAACUCAGCUGAUAAUGGCACCUUCAAGUCUGCAGUAUUUACAGCUGCUGCUAAGGCCCUCAAAGACAGCCACAAAACCAGUGGGGGUGCUCUGAAAACUUCGAAAAGUUGCUCACAUUGUUGGGCCACUACAAGAAAGAUUGUCAUUGCCAGUGACAAAGUGUGGGAUGAUUACCUCAAAGCUCAUCCUGAAGCCAAGGUUUGGUGUUCAACACCAUUUCCCCUCUAUGAUGACAUUGUUGUGCUCAUAGAUGGGUGUCAUGCCAUGGGUGAUGGGGCACUACACAUCAAUAGUGUUGGACACAAGACAAGCCCUCCAUGGCCAAGCACACUUGUUCUCGAUGACAAGGAUGAUGUCUUUGUAGGUGAGGAUGGUGAGUCUGAAUCAGCUGAUGAGAAAGUGGUAUUAUCACCAACUUCAACCAGAGUCCAUAAAAAAUGUUCCCAUGCAAAGCUGACUGGUCCAGCAGCAAUUCUUGGAGUAGCUGAUGCUCUCAAGUCUGUUGCUACAUCUUUCACUGCUCCUACUAAUUUUCUCAAUGAUGUUCCCAGUACUCUGAAACAUCAUAUUAAUGCCAUCCAGGCUGUUUGUACUGAUGCUUCCUUAUCUUCUGACAAAUGUGCCAAGGUUGUUGUUCUAUUUACCAAGGAUGUAGCUAUUGCAGAUGCCUACACUGCCAUUUCAGGUGUCCCUCUCCAUUCUAUGUACAUUUGUCUUGAACUCAGAAAAAUGUAG